AUGAGCAAUUUAAGAUUUAAAAUAUUUACGUUAAUUAUUUUAUUUAUUUAUAUUUUUGAUUAUGUUCUUAUAAUCAGAGGAGCUGAAGCACCUGAUGGCAAUGAAGAAAAUAAUGAGUCAUCAAAUAGUGAAGAAAUACUUCAUAAAAUUAGUCUCGACCAUCCUAUUGUUACUUUCAUGGAUGCAUUGGCUACUAAUAUUCACGAAAGAAAUUUACUUGCAGAGCUAAUUCUGAACGAGUUAAUAAUUUACAUUGUAAUGAUCCAAAAAUUAGCUGCCCUAUUUAAUUCAAGAGAAACCUUACAAAAUUUUUUAGUUGUAAAACAUGCUUUAAUUAGUUUUUCUGUUAACUCCUCUUUUGAUAAAAAAAAUGAUAUGGUGUUGCAAUCUAAAAUUGAAAAAAUGGUGCAAUUUUCAAGAAGCAAAAACACUGAUUUGCGCGACAAAUGUAAAGAAUUAGUUGAUCAAAAUUCCGUUAGAUUAUUUGAUUUAAUGGCGGAGAAUAAAAAUUCAAUAGUAGAUGAAAUUAACUUUUUUUUGCUUAAACUUUUAGUUUUAGCAGAUAGAGGAGUAAAUAGGUUUUUAGAUGGUCUUAUAGUUUCAGCGAUUUAUUUGUUGGAAGAAUCCAAAUCUUCAUUAUUGACAUCUUCUGAAUUGUAUUCAAAUUCAUCAAGGAAAGAAAUAUCAAAAAGAUUUAUUGCAAGCAAAGAUUCUAUUGCCAAAAUUACAUUAAAAGAUAUUUUUAUGGACCGAGUUGAAGCAGAUCUUAGAGAAGUUACUUCGACUAAAUUAGAUUCAGAGGACACUCAAUCUAAAAAAAAAACGAGUAAAAUAGUUUUAUCAGAUGAAGAUAUGUAUAGACUGGCAGCAUUAGUUUCUGGAGCUUUUACUGCUUUUAAAAUAUGUUUAUAUAUAAUUUUCUUGUUCAAUGGUAAACUUUUGAAAUCAAAUUAUGCUUUCAUUAGUGAAAAUGAAACUACCGCAAAGCAAGAAUUACUAAAAAUAGGUAACUCUAAUUUAUCAGAGGAAAAACGCUUAGAGAUUAAUUCUGAAGUAAGGGACUUAUUGCAAUUGGAUGAACUUCAGUCAAGUAAUUUUGUUUCUGAAACUUUUGAAUAUAUCUUAGAAAAGGAGUUCAUCAUUUCAGCUUUAAAAGAUAUUUACAAGUAUUUACUUAAUCUUUUAGUAUCCUUAAAAAGAUUUCAGAAGUCUAUUGCAAAAUAUAAGGCCUUCGAUUAUUUGUUUGAAACUACGAUACUAGUGUGUCAGGAUUUAACCAAAAAAUGUUUAGAAGAAAUCAAAAAAAUUGAAACUUUUUCAGAAAGGAAAGUAGAAAGUUUACAAAUAAGUGGGUUAAGAGUUACUAUGAAGAGAAAGACUGAUGAGCUUUUGAAAAGAAAAGAGGAAGAAAUGAAAUUGUUUAGGAAGGAAGAAAGGGAAAAAAAGUUUAAGGAAAGGAAAGAAAAAGAGGAAAGGGAAAAAGCAGAAAAAGAAUCGAUUAAAGAAAUAAAAAAGUUGAGAGAACAGAAAAAGGGUCAAAAGGGCAAAUCUAAGACCAGAAGAGUAUUUCCUACUUUAGAAGGUGAAACUGAAGAAACUAAAUCCACUAGUUCUAAAGAGAACAGUAAAGAUUCAAUACCUUCAGAAAGUAAAUCUAGUGUUAGUGAAAGUUCUAAAACAAGAAUUAACAGAAAAGAAUUAAAAUUACAAAAGCUUCAACAGGAAGAAGAGAAAUCUCUAAAAAAAGAAAAAAUAAAGGAAACAAUUAAAGAACAAAAACUAGUAGCUGCAUCAACAAAGAAGAGGAAGCAAGAAGAAAGAAGAGAAAAGAAUGAAAGUAGAAGAGAAAAGGAAGAGAAAGAAAGAGAGGAGAGGAGACGAUCGGAAAAAGAAAGACAAGAUGAAAUUCAACAUAAACAAUUUAUGCAUUCAUUAACAACUCAAGUAGAAUCAAUAGAAGAAUUGUUUAAGGAAGCUCAAAAAGGAGAAAGUUUUUCCGCUUUAGUUGCGUUCGUCUUUGACGUAAUAAAUGAUGAUAUUGAAACUGAAGAAAAGAGUGAAGAAGAUCUUUCAAAACAGUUUGCUUCAAUGUCAGUUUCAGAAGUUACUAGUACACAAGAAACAAUUCCAAGGCCAAGUUUAGGGGCAAGGAGCAAAAGAAGAGCAGAUGAAGUUCCAGGAGAUGGGCCAGUAGGUUCAACAGCCGAGUUCUUCAAAUCAAAAGUAUCAGUUCCAACAAGGGGAGAUAGAGGUGGAUCUAGUGAUGGAAGUGGAUCUAGUGUUAGAGGCAGAUCUAGAAGCGUAAGUAGAUCCAGUAGUAGAGGUAAAUCCAGGAGUAUAAGCAGAUCGAGGAGUAAAAGCAGAUCAAGGGGUAUAGGCAGAACAAGGAGUAGAAGCAGAUCAAGGAGUAGAAGCAGAUCCAGGAGUGAGAGCAAAUCAAGAAUUACAUCUCAAGAAGAAAGUAUGCUCACUUUCGAUGGAUUUAAAUUUCCUCAGUUAACUAUUUUUGAUACCCAUCAACAAAAAAAACCUCUUACUGAAUCAAAGUUUAUGAAAUACUUUAAAUCUGGUCAAGACAAAAAAUUAACGGAUGGUACUUAUUUAAGUUUUCAAAAAAAGUAUUCAGAUUAUGAGCAACAAUUGUCUGAAUUUUCCACUAUUAAUAGUGAAUCCGAUAAAGAAGAAGUUAUCAUUACAUUAGAGCAAUGCGGUGUUACAAUUCAAAAGUUACAUUUAGAAAUUGCUCCAUCUGUAUCUGGAGCUGAAUUUUUGUACAUUAAAUUAUUACAAAAAUCUUUUGUUAAAUUAUUUGUCAGAUUUUUAUUAUUACUUCAGGAAAAAGGAAGAUAG